AUGGCUAAUGCUGUUAUUAAAAAAUAUGCUUGUGAUCAUAAUGAAUUAUUAACCGAUCGUAUAAGUUAUGUUGCCAAUGAUAUUGAAACAUUUCUUUCAAUGACUUUUAUGUCGCCAGCUGCGGCCAUACCACAAUCAUUUUCAUCGACAAUAACAAGAGCAAAAGAAAAAGAAAGAAGAAAGCGAAUUAUAGAAACGAACAACAACGAACAAGAAAAAUCAAAUAUUGAAGUUGAUGAAAGUGCAUAUAAAUGUGAAAGUGUGAAUGAUUUUUUUGCUAAAGCAUUUGGUCCAAGUCAAUCGGAAUUAAAACCAAAUCAACCACAUAGUAUACGUUCAGCAUUUGAAAAUAUUGCUGGAGGUUUUAUUGAACGACCACCACCUGGUGCAAAAAGAGAAACAUUAGCAAGCGUAAAAGAAGAAAUGAGAAAGAAAAAAAUUCGUAUUGACACAAAAAAUUAA